AUGUCAAUUACGAUCGACAAGAAAGGAAAAAAAAAUACUCGUAAGCCAGUAGAUAGCGAGCACAUACAACAUGCAGAGUUUAUUAAAAAGUGUCAUCUACAAUUAAGAUUAAACUCUAUGAAAAUAGGUGCUGACGAAGCAUGGCAAAAUCACUGCUCAGAUGAUUCACUUUUAAAAAGUUAUUCAAUUACUAUGCACAAGCUUGCAUCACAGUUUUGGGAUACAAAUAAUAAAAGCGAACCUUCAAGUUGUAGAAUUUCAUGGAUAUCAAACAAUAUAUUAAAAUAUUUUCAAGAAGAUUAUACACAUGAAAUAAUCCGAGAAAAAUCCUUAGCUCAAAGAUUUAAUGUAUUUUGGAGCACAGAUGAUAAUAUAAUCUGUACGCCUGAAAAUCCUUUUUAUCUACUUGAUGUAGGAAGUUGUUAUAAUCCUUUUCAUAAGAAUUUGUCAUAUAAAGUGUUGCCUAUAGAUAUAGCACCAGCUAUCAAAAACGUUGUUAAAUGUGAUUUUCUUACAGUACCUCUGGAUGUAAAGUUAAAUAUUUUUGAUAAUGUUUGUCAAACACUACCAUUGUCCAACUUUGAUGUAGUCGUAUUUUCUUUAUUUCUUGAAUAUUUUCCAUUACCACAACAAAGGUAUAAAUGUUGUGAAAAAGCUUAUAAUGUUCUUAAACCAGGUGGUUUAUUAGUUAUUGCAACCCCUGAUUCUAGUCAUGCAUCAUAUAAUGCCAAAAUAAUGAAAAAUUGGAAAAUAUCAUUAAGUAAUUUAGGAUUUUGGCGUAUCAAAUAUGAAAAACUUACUCAUAUACAUUGUAUGGUAUUUAGAAAAUGUUUAUUUAAACAAAUUCCCAGAAAUUGGUUGCAUUCUUUGAAUAUUAUAAAUAACACUGAAGAUUUAAUAACAAUCCCACAAGACUCUAGAAAUUAUGACAAAAUUAAUGAAACAUCAACAACUAUAAUACAGCGUGAAGAUGAUGAUGAGGUUGCUAACUUAUUUUCUGAAUUAAUUAAUAUAUAA